UAGUUUUGUUAUUGUUAUAAUUAACUCUUCUGGUUUGAACAGGCCUUCAUAGAUUAUUUUAGGGUAUGUUUUAUAAAAAUGUAAUUCCGCCUUGAAACAACAUGGAGGUGUCUAAAUGAUAGAAUUUCUUCCUUCACACAAUUCAAUUAGGUUGGAGUUGUUUUGAAUCUGAAAAGCUUUCCACUUACAGUGCAGCUUUUACUGAUUUCAUAUCAAGUGUGUGACCAAACGGCAAGAUUGACUGAAGCUUUAAAUCGGGUUUGGCACUUUAACACCACUGCUGUGGUUUAUUCUGAGUUUUCUUAAUGAAUCACUUACUCCGAGGGUCCAACGACUGCGAGAUUGAUAGUCACGGGGGUUGCCAUGGAGACAAGACCAGCAGCCUCCGAUCACAUUGACUGUUGAUGAUGGCCGUAAUUUAAAAUAACAAGCUUUCCUGUGUUGCACCGGAAGGAUGAUUGCCCCGAUUAUGAUGACAUCUCCACCAUGCUGAGAUCUCUUUCACAAUUAUCCAUCAGAUCCUGCGCUGUGUGGCAUUCCUCUGGCUCUAAUCUGUCUCAGUGGGUCACACGGACCCCUGCUUAACCGAUAUCAGCUCAGCGGGCGUAUUAACUAUGGAUGACGUCAGGCUUUGCUGCAUGUUAUUCACAAGGGCACAGCCGCCCUUCUUCAGAGAUACAUCACUAAGCUGCUACUGUUCCUGAGCCUCGCUGGCUAACUGUGCCAGAGUCUCUGGCUAUAUUUAGCGCUGCCUGUUUGGUUUUGGGUGCAGAUUAAUGUGGAGCGAUGAAAAUGGGAGCGAGGGAUAUCCGAACCUCUCCGUUGAUGGAUUUUAUGGAGGAGCCUGUAGCCUGUGAUGGGAGUUAAAGGUUUAUCCUGCUGGCAUUAGUUGCUUCCUGGUGGAUCUUUUGGUGUGAGUCUGCAUCUCCUCUGCAGAGAGACGGUCUUCAGGAGUGGGCCGCUGUUUGUACUUCGCUUGAGGUUGACUGUGAGAGCGAGAGCAAGGCAUUCUGGGAAUCCCAGCCAGCCGUGGAUGUGGUUGAGUCUUAGCUAUCAGCAGCAGAAGAAAGGUUCAUCCAAUGCUGCCCCUCUGUAUACGGAAGCUUACCUCCAGAGGCAUCAUGAGUGGAUAACAGGUGUGUCCGGAGGCGGUGCAUAGGUCAACGGGUGGGAUCAUUGCAGUGAAUGGGCAGCUCUGAGUGGGAGGGAGGUGCUGUAAAUGAUGACCAGUCUUUUCCGCCGGAGUAAUGCGAACAGUAACCAUGGCAGUGGUACACGAGGGAGCGACGAUGGAUCACGAGAGCUCAAUAACAGAAGGCCUCCACAUCAGGUCCGGCGUUUGGAGUUUACCCAGGCUAUGGAUGACUUUAAGACGAUGUUCCCCAGCAUGAAGCAUGAGGUUAUUGAGUGUGUCUUGAGAGCCAACCAUGGUGCUGUCGACUCCACCAUUGACCAGCUACUGCAGAUGAGCCUGGACAGCAAGGCCACGGAUGACAGCUCGGAUUCUGAGGACAGCAUCCCUCCAGAGAUCCUGGAAAGAACACUGGAGCCGGACAGCUCAGAUGAGGAGCCUCCACCCGUCUACGCGCCGCCCUCCUACGACAUGCACAUCUAUGACAGAAAACAUCCUGCAGAUGUUCCAUCCACACCACCACCCAGGUUCGAUGAUUAUCCCCCUCCUGGGCAUCAGCAGGUCGGCAGACACAGGAACUGGAAUCCACCGUUACUAGGCAACCUCCCUGAUGACUUCCUGCGUAUCCUGCCUCAGCAGUCAGAAAGUCUUCAGCGAUCUCAGAGCAACCUGUCUCAGCCUUCCUCCUCCUCCUCUUCCUCACUGUCAUCCCUGACGCAGCUUUCAUCCAGCAGUAUUGCCCUGUCAGGUGGCGUUUGGUCAUCUGAACAGGACAGGAAGUUGAAACAAUACUUGGAGGAUGAGCGAAUAGCCCUUUUUCUGCAGAAUCAGGAGUUCAUGAAAGAGCUACAGCGUAACAGAGACUUCCUCAUAGCUCUGGAGAUAGAUCAUCAGAGGUGCGAGAAAGCACAGUGUGGUCAUUCAUCCGCUUGCACAGAGAACUCCGCCGAAGGUGAUAAUUGUGUCUCGGGGUCUGAGGAGGCCUGUUCAUCAGUCUCUGACGAUGCCUUAUUCCUGGAGAAACUCAAGCACAUGGGCAAAUCUACAAGGAAGAAGCUUUUUGAAAUUGCCAGAUCAUUCUCGGAGAAGACCAGAAGAAAGAAGUCCAAAAAGCGAGCUUUCUCCAAACACCAGUCAUAUCCUCACAUGUCCAGCCCCGACAGUCGCUGCCUGGAGUUUGCUUCUAUUCAAGGCUCUGCAACCUCCAUCGUCAAUCUCCUGGAAGAAGUAGAGGGGCCGCCUUCGGCUGAGGAUGACAACAAACUUAAGAGACUUUCAGAAAGAGACGAAGGGGAGGAGUCAAAGGAAGUGAUGUCAUGAUGGAUGAAUCCUGGCCGGAGCUGCCGAUGUUGUCUGCUUUAGAGAGCUCUGAAGACUAAAGCGUCAUGAUGAUCGAGAUUUUACUCAUUAGUUUCCUGCAAUGCUUUAUUAAACCUGAACCAUAAAAUCAUCAUAGUUCUAUAUUGUUUGUAAUAUUCUGGUUCAACAGUCUAGUUUAGGACUGUCAUGUGGUGUAGCAGAUCUGGUGGUGUUUAGAAGAAUGCUGUGCUGGGCCUCGGGACUCAGAACAUCCACAAGCACAAACCUCAUUGCUCAGCUUGAUAAGAAAAUCUGUGUUUAUCUCAGGAGUAAUUGUAAUGGCCUGGAGUCUAUAUACAGUUCCUUUGAUGUUUAUAGAUAAACCUCUUUUAAAUUCUCAUUAUAUUAUCUGAUAGGUUUUAUUUUGAUAACUGGGAGAUUGGUUUAAAAUGUGUUAUACAAUUUAAGUUGCUGUGUUUUCAACCAAAUCACAAUUUAAAAUCAUGCUGAUUUUAUUCUUAGUGUAAAGUAAGGUCUGUUUUUUGUGUAUUUAAACUGGGAUAGUAGGCUAAUUAUUAAAACUAAAUUGUAAUUUUCAGAGUUUAGAGCUGUCAGCUCACUGUAAAUUGAUAUUGAUUUUCAAAGGAUGAUGUAGUUUGUUAUUAAAUUACAUUUUGAGAGCAAC